AUGGCAAGUAGCAACAACUCCUCAGGUGUGACACAAUCACUCAUUUCCAUCUUCUCCGGAGAAAGUUACGAAUUCUGGAGUAUUCGUAUGAGAACUAUACUCAAAUCCCAAAAUCUUUGGGACUUGGUAGAAAAUGGAUUUGCAAAUCCCGACGAAGGAGAUAGACUGCGAAACAACAAGCAAAAAGAUGCUAAGAAAGAGGUUCAAGGUGAUUCAAAGGUCAUUUUGGUGAGACUGCAAUCACUUCGGCGUGACUUUGAAACCUUGAUGAUGAAAAAUAGAGAAUCUAUUGCUGAUUUUUUUUCCAAAGUAGUGGCAAUUGUCAGCAAAAUGCCAUCCUACGGCGAGAAAGUUACUAAUCAGACCAUUGUAGAAAAGAUACUGCGAAGCUUGACUCUAAAAUCUGAUCAUGUAGUUGUUGCGAUAGUAGAGUCUAAGGAUCUUUCAGUAUUUUCCUUUGAUGAAUUGAUGGGAUCUCUUCAAGCUCAUGAGGCGAGACUCAAUCGAUCUGUUGAAAAGAAUGAAGAGAAGGCAUUCCAACGAGCAGAAGCCGGGGAAGAAGAGGAUUUUACGGUGGUUGAGGUCAUGGUUAUGGAAGAGGCAGAGGAAGAAAUGAUGGGCACAAGCAGUCCAAUGAGCAAGAAAAUAAACUUUACAGCAGGAGAAAAUGAGGAAGAGAAUUAUCUCUUUGCUUGCGUUGAUACAGACCAUAAGCCAAGUGAUUUAUGGUUUGUAGAUAGUGGUUGUUCAAAUCAUAUGACAGGCGUCAAAUCUAUGUUCCAAGAGCUUGAUGAGAAGCAAAGGAAGAAGGUGUAA